AUGCUCAUGAGCAAAGAAAAACUAGAGCUUGCCUUGAUGAAGUCUGAUAUGCAAAAACAAUUGAUCACAUUGGAGGAGAAUCAACGCAUGAUUAAAGAGGGAUACAUUGACCUUGAAAUCAGAGAAAAUGAGUUUAAAAAGAAUACAACAGGACUGGACACGAUUGCUGAGAAGAUGAAGAGGGGAAGGGAACAAAUUCAUCAGCUAAACAUGGAUGUUCGGACCAAAACAGAUGAAGUCAAUGACAACAGAUGUGCAAUGGAACAGCAACAUAGGGAUUUGUGUGUUCUCAGACAGGAACAUUGUCAAAAGAGCAAAGAGAUUGCAGUUGCCAGAACCAAAAUAAGUACAGAGAUGGAAAAGCUACUCAAAAUGAAGGCCAGCUUUGAAUCCGACAAAAUGCUGCAUGCCAAAGACAUGGAGAUGAUGGAACAACUGCAAUCUGAGCAGAAGGUGUUGCAAGAUCACUUUAGGUCUUGCAUCCUGUCAAUGGAAAGACUUCUGGUGGAAAAACAAAACCUAAAGAAACUGAAGAACAACAUUAAACAAGAGAGAGAAUACCUGAGCAAAGCCAACAUGCUCAUGAGCAAAGAAAAACUAGAGCUCGCCUUGAUGAAGUCUGAUAUGCAAAAACAAUUGAUCACAUUGGAGGAGAAUCAACGCAUGAUUAAAAAGGGAUACAUUGACCUUGAAAUCAGAGAAAAUGAGUUUAAAAAGAAUACAACAGGACUGGGCACGAUUGCUGAGAAGAUGAAGAGGGGAAGGGAACAAAUUCAUCAGCUAAACAUGGAUGUUCGGACCAAAAGAGAUGAAGUCAAUGACAACAGAUGUGCAAUGGAACAGCAACAUAGGGACUUGUGUGUUCUCAGACAGGAACAUUGUCAAAAGAGCACAGAGAUUGCAUUUGCCAGAACCAAAAUAAGUACAGAGAUGGAAAAGCUACUCAAAAUGAAGGCCAGCUUUGAAUCCGACAAAAUGCUGCAUGCCAAAGACAUGGAGAUGAUGGAACAACUGCAAUCUGAGCAGAAGGUGUUGCAAGAUCACUUUAGGUCUUGUAUCCUGUCAAUGGAAAGAGUGAGAGAUGAUUUAAAGGCAAAGUAUAAAAAGAAAAUUGAAGACAUUGACAAAAAGGUUGUCAAAUUAGAAGCGAAAAAAGAAGGCAUACCAAAAUUGUUGCUUACAAUAAAGCACAUAUUGAAAAAUACUAAUCAGGGCAGAGAUCAAAUAUCAAUCAACAACAAACUAAUUGUAGGAGGAAAGAUUCAGCUGGACAACUUGUUUUCAAACAUUGUGAAAGAAACAGAAGACAUAAAACAUCUGAAAACAAAGCUCCUGGUGGAAAAACAAAACCUAGACAAACUGAAGAACAACAUUAAACAAGAGAGAGCAUACCUGAGCAAAGCCAACAUGCUCAUGAGCAAAGAAAAACUAGAGCUGGCCUUGAUGAAGUCUGAUAUGCAAAAACAAUUGAUCACAUUGGUGGAGAAUCAACGCAUGAUUAAAGAGGGAUACAUUGACCUUGAAAUCAGAGAAAAUGAGUUUAAAAAGAAUACAACAGGACUGGACACGAUUGCUGAGAAGAUGAAGAGGGGAAGGGAACAAAUUCAUCAGCUAAACAUGGAUGUUCGGACCAAAAUAGAUGAAGUCAAUGACAACAGAUGUGCAAUGGAACAGCAACAUAGGGACUUGUGUGUUCUCAGACAGGAACAUUGUCAAAAGAGCAAAGAGAUUGCAGUUGCCAGAACCAAAAUAAAUACAGAGAUGGAAAAGCUACUCAAAAUGAAGGCCAGCUUUGAAUCCGACAAAAUGCUGCAUGCCAAAGACAUGGAGAUGAUGGAACAACUGCAAUCUGAGCAGAAGGUGUUGCAAGAUCACUUUAGGUCUUGCAUCCUGUCAAUGGAAAGACUCCUGGUGGAAAAAAAGAACCUAGAGAAACUGAACAACAACAUUAAACAAGAGAAAGAAUACCUGAGCAAAGCCAACAUGCUCAUGAGCAAAGAAAAACUAGAGCUUGCCUUGAUGAAGUCUGAUAUGCAAAAACAAUUGAUCACAUUGGAGGAGAAUCAACGCAUGAUUAAAGAGGGAUACAUUGACCUUGAAAUCAGAGAAAAUGAGUUUAAAAGGAAUACAACAGGACUGGACACGAUUGCUGAGAAGAUGAAGAGGGGAAGGGAACAAAUUCAUCAGCUAAACAUGGAUGUUCGGACCAAAAGAGAUGAAGUCAACGACAACAGAUGUGCAGUGGAACAGCAACAUAGGGACUUGUGUGUUCUCAGACAGGAACAUUGUCAAAAGAGCAAAGAGAUUGCAUUUGCCAGAACCAAAAUAAGUACAGAGAUGGAAAAGCUACUCAAAAUGAAGGCCAGCUUUGAAUCCGACAACAUGCUGCAUGCCAAAGACAUGGAGAUGAUGGAACAACUGCAAUCUGAGCACAAGGUGUUGCAAGAUCACUUUAGGUCUUGUAUCCUGUCAAUGGAAAGAGUAAGAGAUGAUUUAAAGGCAAAGUAUAAAAAGAAAAUUGAAGACAUUGACAAAAAACAGGAACAUUGUCAAAAGAGCAAAGAGAUUGCAUUUGCCAAAACCAAAAUAAGUACAGAGAUGGAAAAGCUACUCAAAAUGAAGGCCAGCUUUGAAUCCGACAAAAUGCUGCAUGCCAAAGACAUGGAGAUGAUGGAACAACUGCAAUCUGAGCAGAAGGUGUUGAAAGAUCACUUUAGGUCUUGUAUCCUGUCAAUGGAAAGACUCCUGGUGGAAAAACAAAACCUAGACAAACUGAAGAACAACAUUAAACACGAGAGAGCAUAUCUGAGCAAAGCCAACAUGCUCAUGAGCAAAGAAAAACUAGAGCUGGCCUUGAUGAAGUCUGAUAUGCAAAAACAAUUGAUCACAUUGGUGGAGAAUCAACACAUGAUUAAAGAGGGAUACAUUGACCUUGAAAUCAGAGAAAAUGAGUUUAAAAAGAAUACAACAGGACUGGACACGAUUGCUGAGAAGAUGAAGAGGGGAAGGGAACAAAUUCAUCAGCUAAACAUGGAUGUUCGGACCAAAAGAGAUGAAGUCAAUGACAACAGAUGUGCAAUGGAACAGCAACAUAGGGACUUGUGUGUUGUCAGACAGGAACAUUGUCAAAAGAGCAAAGAGAUUGCAUUUGCCAGAACCAAAAUAAGUACAGAGAUGGAAAAGCUACUCAAAAUGAAGGCCAGCUUUGAAUCCGACAAAAUGCUGCAUGCCAAUGACAUGGAGAUGAUGGAACAACUGCAAUCUGAGCAGAAGGUGUUGCAAGAUCACUUUAGGUCUUGUAUCCUGUCAAUGGAAAGAGUGAAAGAUGAUUUAAAGGCAAAGUAUAAAAAGAAAAUUGAAGACAUUGACAAAAAGGUUGUCAAAUUAGAAGCGAAAAAAGAAGGCAUACCGAAAUUGUUGCUUACAAUAAAGCACAUAUUGAAAAAUACUAAUCAAGGCAGAGAUCAAAUAUCAAUCAACAACAAACUAAUUGUAGGAGGAAAGAUUCAGCUGUACAACUUGUUUUCAAACAUUGUGAAAGAAACAGAAGACAUAAAACAUCUGAAAACAAAGCUCCUGGUGGAAAAACAAAACCUAGACAAACUGAAGAACAACAUUAAACAAGAGAGAGCAUACCUGAGCAAAGCCAACAUGCUCAUGAGCAAAGAAAAACUAGAGCUUGCCUUGAUGAAGUCUGAUAUGCAAAAACAAUUGAUCACUUUGGAGGAGAAUCAACGCAUGAUUAAAGAGGGAUACAUUGACCUUGAAAUCAGAGAAAAUGAGUUUAAAAAGAAUACAACAGGACUGGACACGAUUGCUGAGAAGAUGAAGAGGGGAAGGGAACAAAUUCAUCAGCUAAACAUGGAUGUUCGGACCAAAAGAGAUGAAGUCAAUGACAACAGAUGUGCAAUGGAAAAGCAACAUAGGGACUUGUGUGUUCUCAGACAGGAACAUUGUCAAAAGAGCAAAGAGAUUGCAUUUGCCAGAACCAAAAUAAGUACAGAGAUGGAAAAGCUACUCAAAAUGAAGGCCAGCUUUGAAUCCGACAAAAUGCUGCAUGCCAAAGACAUGGAGAUGAUGGAACAACUGCAAACUGAGCAGAAGGUGUUGCAAGAUCACUUUAGGUCUUGUAUCCUGUCAAUGGAAAGAGUGAGAGAUGAUUUAAAGGCAAAGUAUAAAAAGAAAAUUGAAGACAUUGACAAAAAGGUUGUCAAAUUAGAAGCGAAAAAAGAAGGCAUACCAAAAUUGUUGCUUACAAUAAAGCACAUAUUGAAAAAUACUAAUCAGGGCAGAGAUCAAAUAUCAAUCAACAACAAACUAAUUGUAGGAGGAAAGAUUCAGCUGGACAACUUGUUUUCAAACAUUGUGAAAGAAACAGAAGACAUAAAACAUCUGAAAACAAAGCUCCUGGUGGAAAAACAAAACCUAGACAAACUGAAGAACAACAUUAAACAAGGCAGAGCAGACCUGAGCAAAGCCAACAUGCUCAUGAGCAAAGAAAAACUAGAGCUCGCCUUGAUGAAGUCUGAUAUGCAAAAACAAUUGAUCACAUUGGAAGAGAAUCAACGCAUGAUUAAAGAGGGAUACAUUGACCUUGAAAUCAGAGAAAAUGAGUUUAAAAAGAAUACAACAGGACUGGACACGAUUGCUGAGAAGAUGAAGAGGGGAAGGGAACAAAUUCAUCAGCUAAACAUGGAUGUUCGGACAAAAAGAGAUGAAGUCAAUGACAACAGAUGUGCAAUGGAACAGCAACAUAGGGACUUGUGUGUUCUCAGACAGGAACAUUGUCAAAAGAGCAAAGAGAUUGCAUUUGCCAGAACCAAAAUAAGUACAGAGAUGGAAAAGCUACUCAAAAUGAAGGCCAGCUUUGAAUCCGACAAAAUGCUGCAUGCCAAAGACAUGGAGAUGAUGGAACAACUGCAAUCUGAGCACAAGGUGUUGCAAGAUCACUUUAGGUCUUGUAUCCUGUCAAUGGAAAUAGUGAGAGAUGAUUUAAAGGCAAAGUAUAAAAAGAAAAUUGAAGACAUUGACAAAAAGGUUGUCAAAUUAGAAGCGAAACAAGAAGGCAUACCGAAAUUGUUGCUUACAAUAAAGCACAUAUUGAAAAAUACUAAUCAAGGCAGAGAUCAAAUAUCAAUCAACAACAAACUAAUUGUAGGAGGAAAGAUUCAGCUGGACAACUUGUUUUCAAACAUUGUGAAAGAAACAGAAGACAUAAAACAUCUGAAAACAAAGCUCCUGGUGGAAAAACAAAACCUAGACAAACUGAAGAACAACAUUAAACAAGACAGAGCAGACCUGAGCAAAGCCAACAUGCUCAUGAGCAAAGAAAAACUAGAGCUGGCCUUGAUGAAGUCUGAUAUGCAAAAACAAUUGAUCACAUUGGAGGAGAAUCAACGCAUGAUUAAAGAGGGAUACAUUGACCUUGAAAUCAGAGAAAAUGAGUUUAAAAAGAAUACAACAGGACUGGACACGAUUGCUGAGAAGAUGAAGAGGGGAAGGGAACAAAUUCAUCAGCUAAACAUGGAUGUUCGGACCAAAAGAGAUGAAGUCAAUGACAACAGAUGUGCAAUGGAACAGCAACAUAGGGACUUGUGUGUUCUCAGACAGGAACAUUGUCAAAAGAGCAAAGAGAUUGCAUUUGCCAGAACCAAAAUAAGUACAGAGAUGGAAAAGCUACUCAAAAUGAAGGCCAGCUUUGAAUCCGACCAAAUGCUGCAUGCCAAAGACAUGGAGAUGAUGGAACAACUGCAAUCUGAGCAGGUGUUGCAAGAUCACUUUAGGUCUUGUAUCCUGUCAAUGGAAAGCGUGAGAGAUGAUUUAAAGGCAAGGUAUAAAAAGAAAAUUGAAGACAUUGACAAAAAGGUUGUCAAAUUAGAAGCGAAACAAGAAGGCAUACCAAAAUUGUUGCUUACAAUAAAGCACAUAUUGAAAAAUACUAAUCAAGGCAGAGAUCAAAUAUCAAUCAACAACAAACUAAUUGUAGGAGGAAAGAUUCAGCUGGUUAACUUGUUUUCAAACAUUGUGAAAGAAACAGAAGACAUAAAACAUCUUAAAACAAAGCUCCUGGUGGAAAAACAAAACCUAGAGAAACUGAAGAACUACAUUAAACAAGAGAAAGAAUACCUGAGCAAAGCCAACAUGCUCAUGAGCAAAGAAAAACUAGAGGUGGCCUUGAUGAAGUCUGAUAUGCAAAAACAAUUGAUCACAUUGGAGGAGAAUCAACGCAUGAUUAAAGAGGGAUACAUUGACCUUGAAAUCAGAGAAAAUGAGUUUAAAAAGAAUACAACAGGACUGGACACGAUUGCUGAGAAGAUGAAGAGGGGAAGGGAACAAAUUCAUCAGCUAAACAUGGAUGUUCGGACCAAAAGAGAUGAAGUCAAUGACAACAGAUGUGCAAUGGAACAGCAACAUAGGGACUUGUGUGUUCUCAGACAGGAACAUUGUCAAAAGAGCAAAGAGAUUGCAUUUGCCAGAACCAAAAUAAGUACAGAGAUGGAAAAGCUACUCAAAAUGAAGGCCAGCUUUGAAUCCGAACAAAUGCUGCAUGCCAAAGACAUGGAGAUGAUGGAACAACUGCAAUCCGAGCAGAAGGUGUUGCAAGAUCACUUUAGGUCUUGUAUCCUGUCAAUGGAAAGCGUGAGAGAUGAUUUAAAGGCAAAGUAUAAAAAGAAAAUUGAAGACAUUGACAAAAAGGUUGUCAAAUUAGAAGCGAAACAAGAAGGCAUACCGAAAUUGUUGCUUACAAUAAAGCACAUAUUGAAAAAUACUAAUCAAGGCAGAGAUCAAAUAUCAAUCAACAACAAACUAAUUGUAGGAGGAAAGAUUCAGCUGGACAACUUGUUUUCAAACAUUGUGAAAGAAACAGAAGACAUAAAACAUCUGAAAACAAAGCUCCUGGUGGAAAAACAAAACCUAGACAAACUGAAGAACAACAUUAAACAAGACAGAGCAGACCUGAGCAAUGCCAACAUGCUCAUGAGCAAAGAAAAACUAGAGCUGGCCUUGAUGAAGUCUGAUAUGCAAAAACAAUUGAUCACAUUGGAGGAGAAUCAACGCAUGAUUAAAGAGGGAUACAUUGACCUUGAAAUCAGAGAAAAUGAGUUUAAAAAGAAUACAACAGGACUGGACACGAUUGCUGAGAAGAUGAAGAGGGGAAGGGAACAAAUUCAUCAGCUAAACAUGGAUGUUCGGACCAAAAGAGAUGAAGUCAAUGACAACAGAUGUGCAAUGGAACAGCAACAUAGGGACUUGUGUGUUCUCAGACAGGAACAUUGUCAAAAGAGCAAAGAGAUUGCAUUUGCCAGAACCAAAAUAAGUACAGAGAUGGAAAAGCUACUCAAAAUGAAGGCCAGCUUUGAAUCCGACCAAAUGCUGCAUGCCAAAGACAUGGAGAUGAUGGAACAACUGCAAUCUGAGCAGGUGUUGCAAGAUCACUUUAGGUCUUGUAUCCUGUCAAUGGAAAGCGUGAGAGAUGAUUUAAAGGCAAAGUAUAAAAAGAAAAUUGAAGACAUUGACAAAAAGGUUGUCAAAUUAGAAGCGAAACAAGAAGGCAUACCAAAAUUGUUGCUUACAAUAAAGCACAUAUUGAAAAAUACUAAUCAAGGCAGAGAUCAAAUAUCAAUCAACAACAAACUAAUUGUAGGAGGAAAGAUUCAGCUGGACAACUUGUUUUCAAACAUUGUGAAAGAAACAGAAGACAUAAAACAUCUUAAAACAAAGCUCCUGGUGGAAAAACAAAACCUAGAGAAACUGAAGAACUACAUUAAACAAGAGAAAGAAUACCUGAGCAAAGCCAACAUGCUCAUGAGCAAAGAAAAACUAGAGGUGGCCUUGAUGAAGUCUGAUAUGCAAAAACAAUUGAUCACAUUGGAGGAGAAUCAACGCAUGAUUAAAGAGGGAUACAUUGACCUUGAAAUCAGAGAAAAUGAGUUUAAAAAGAAUACAACAGGACUGGACACGAUUGCUGAGAAGAUGAAGAGGGGAAGGGAACAAAUUCAUCAGCUAAACAUGGAUGUUCGGACCAAAAGAGAUGAAGUCAAUGACAACAGAUGUGCAAUGGAACAGCAACAUAGGGACUUGUGUGUUCUCAGACAGGAACAUUGUCAAAAGAGCAAAGAGAUUGCAUUUGCUAGAACCAAAAUAAGUACAGAGAUGGAAAAGCUACUCAAAAUGAAGGCCAGCUUUGAAUCCGACCAAAUGCUGCAUGCCAAAGACAUGGAGAUGAUGGAACAACUGCAAUCCGAGCAGAAGGUGUUGCAAGAUCACUUUAGGUCUUGUAUCCUGUCAAUGGAAAGCGUGAGAGAUGAUUUAAAGGCAAAGUAUAAAAAGAAAAUUGAAGACAUUGACAAAAAGGUUGUCAAAUUAGAAGCGAAACAAGAAGGCAUACCGAAAUUGUUGCUUACAAUAAAGCACAUAUUGAAAAAUACUAAUCAAGGCAGAGAUCAAAUAUCAAUCAACAACAAACUAAUUGUAGGAGGAAAGAUUCAGCUGGACAACUUGUUUUCAAACAUUGUGAAAGAAACAGAAGACAUAAAACAUCUGAAAACAAAGCUCCUGGUGGAAAAACAAAACCUAGAGAAACUGAAGAACAACCUUAAACAAGAGAGAGCAUACCUGAGCAAAGCCAAUAUGCUCAUGAGCAAAGAAAAACUAGAACUGGCCUUGAUGAAGUCUGAUAUGCAAAAACAAUUGAUCACAUUGGAGCAGAAACAACGCAUGAUUAAAGCGGGAUACAUUGACCUUGAAAUCAGAGAAAAUGAGUUUAGAAAGAAUAAAACAGAAUUGGACAGAAUAGCUGAGAAGCUGAAGAAGAAGAUGGAACAGAUUUAUCAGCUAAACAUGGCUGUUGGGAUAAAAAGAGAUGAAGUCAAUGAUAACCAAUGUGCAAUGGAACAGCAAAAUAGGGAUUUGUGUGUUCUUAGACAAGAACAUUGUCAACAGAGAAAAGAGUUUUCAUUUGCCAGAACCAUUAUAAGUACAGGGAUGGAAAAGCUAGUCAAAAUGAAGGCUAAUUUUGAAACCGAAAAAAUACUGCAUGCCGAAGACACGAAGCAGAUGGAAAAACUGCAAUCAGAGCAAAAGGCAUUGAACAAUUACUUUGGGUCUUGUAUCCUGUCAAUGAAAAGAGUGAGAGAUGUUUUAAAGGCAACGUAUAAGAAGAAACUUGAGGAUGUUGACAAAAAAAUAAUAAUUUUAGAAGCAAAAAAUGAAGGUAUGCCGAAAAUCUUGUUUGAAUUAAAACACACGAUGGAAAAUAUUAAUAGAGGCAGAAAUCAAAUAUCAAUCAACAACAAACUAACAAUGGGAGGAAAGACCCAGCUGGAAAAAUUGUUUUCAAACGUAGUGAAAGAAACAGAAGAAAUAAAACAUCUGAAGACAAAACUCUUGUUGGAAAAACAAAACCUGGACAAACUGAAGAAAAACAUUAAACAAGAGAAAGAAAUAAUGAGGGAAAUCAAUAGGAUAAUGAGCAAAGGAAAACUGGAGUUGGACUUGUUGAAGUCUGAUAUGCAAAAACAAUUGAUCACAUUGGAAGAUAAUCAACACAUAACUAAAGAGAGAUACAUUGACCUUGAAAUUAGAGAACAUGAGUUCAAGAAGAAUAAAACAGGAUUGGACACAUUAGUUGAGGAUAUGAAGAAGGAAAAGAAAAAUAUUCAUCACUUAAACAUGGAUGUCGUGACUAAAAGAGAUGAAGUCAAUGACAACAUAUAUGCAUUGGAUCAGAAAAAUAAGGCCUUUGGUGUUCUGAGACAAGAACAUUGCCAAAAGAGCAAGGAGAUUGAAGGUAUACCAAAAUUGUUGCUUAGAAUAAAGCACAUGCUGGAAGAUAGUAAUGCAGGCCGAGAUCGAAUAUCAAUCAACGACAAACUAAUAAGGAUUCAGCUGGACAUUUUGCUUUCAAGCGUAGAGAAAGAAACAGAAGAAAUAAAACAUCUGAAAACAAAACUCUUGGUGGAAAAACAAAACCUAGACAAACUGAAGAACAACAUUAAACAAGAGAAAGAAAUCCUAAAACAAGGAAAGACAACCCAUCUUGUUUUGGCAAAAUCAAACAAGGCAAUGAAAAAUGAACUAUUUGAAAUGAAGAGUAGGCUUGAAGAAACUAAGCAGCAUUCGGAUGUAACUUACCAGUGCAUGCAAUCUACAAAAGAUAAUCAUUUCAUUGUAUCCAGAAGUGGUGGAUUGGAAAAUGAACUCAAACAGAAGCUUAGUACUCUGCCCGAUUCAGUGAUAAAAAGAGGUGUUUACCCAGUAACCAGAAUUUCUAAAAGUGAUUGUCUACGGAAAAUCUGGAAAGAUAUAAAAACAGAAAGGAGGAAUAUUGAUCAGAUGAAGGGUCAGGGUCAUGAGAUGAAAAAGAACCUGGAGAAACAAUUGCAUGUGAUAAACCCGAUUGUUAAAUCAUAUUGGAAACAAAAGGAAUAUAUGUUUGUGAAAAAGAAGACCUUAAAUCAAGGAGUUGGUGACACAUCUCAAAAAUACUCAAAGACCAAGGACAAAAUAGAAGAUGAAAAAUGCUUAUACCUUCAAAAACUCAAAAUUGAGAUACUUAGUGAUAUUGAGACUCUCAUUGUCAAGCAAGAACAUAUCACCAGAGCCCUGAAAACUAGUGAUACAGCUACCCAAACACUUCCGAUGGCUACGACAGCAGAUGGAUACAACAUAAUUAAUGAAGAGCAGACAAAGACUGGGAAAACAAAAUUAGCAAACAAUACGUUCAGUGGACUUUUGUAUCGUCUUCAGUGUUAUUAUAACAAAUGUUGCUGUGGCAACUCCAGGAAGCCAUGUGCGGAGGAUAAAUGAGACAAGUGGUUUUCGGGUGAGUUGGAACCUGACUCAGCUGACUUUUGGCAUGGUGAACUCGUUUUUGGAGUGUGGGAGGAUACACACACAAGAAGCCAAUUGUUUUGCCACCUGAGGAUCAGAUCCGGGUCCAUCGCCAGCAACUGGGUCCUUAAAUCUUCCAUGUGUGGGCUUCUCCACGGGGGAAGUGUGGAUUUUGCAUCCUGCCCAAGGGCUGGGAGGGAGGUGAAGGAGGCAGGACUGGAACAUGGUUACUGGCCGACUCACUCGACCUCCUGGUCCAUGCUGGCCCCGGCAUUAGAAUAUAAACAAUGACAUAUGAAUCAAUUAAAGAAAUAGUACACAGUUUUGUUUUUUAGGUAAACGGAGGAAAAAAAGUGCUUAGAACCACAGUGUCUCAUACCACUAACUCCUUCAUUUAUUCAUGUAACAUUAUUUUAUCAUUAAUUAUUUACUAUAUACUCUAUUGUUCUUUCAUUAUACAGCGUAUAUUGCCUAUCAGUAUUAACUCCUGUAUUUAUUCCAUCAUUAUUAAUAAUGAUUGUUUUUUAUGUAUUUAUUCAUCGCUAGAAUUUUUAAGAUUUCUUUGAAAUGUAAACUGUAUUACAAAUAAAGUAUAUUAUUAUUAUUGUUACAGAA